GAGAAACUAAUAUGAAAACUAAGUCUAGGGGUUAUCUAACUCAGCAGUGAUAGAGUGCACAUUCUUGAGUCCACAGUUCUUUUUGUUUCAUUUUGUUUUCCAGUAAGUACUGAGUUGUACUGUGUGGAGGCUGCCGGCAUAUUGCCUGGAUAAAUAGAACUCCUACUAAAAUAACUGGGGUUUGGGAAAGUAACUGUUCCCAGGAACAAUAAAAGGAAAAGAGACUCAGUAGAAGACGAGAGACUUCACCGCAUCGUCAUGUCUUGUGUGGCAUAUUUGUCACAGGUGGAUCCAAAACCUGGAGACCUGAUUGAGAUUUCUCGCACUUUUUACCAACAUUGGGCUAUCUACAUAGGGAAUGGAAAUGUGAUCCACUUGGCUCCAGAAAGUGAGGUUGCAGGAGCUUACGUCUCUUGUCUUUGGUCUGUCGUAACUGACAAGGCAGUGGUGAAGAAGGAUCCUCUUUGGAAAGUGGUGGGGGAAGAUAAGUAUCAAAUCAACAACAAGUAUGACAGAAGAUACACAGCGCUCCCCGAACAUGAGAUCAUCUUCAGGGCAAAGGCAGAGGUGGGAAGAGUGAUGGACUACAGCGUGUUCAGUCAGAACUGUGAGCAUUUUGUCACUGGUCUGCGUUAUGGUAUCCCUGACAGUGACCAGGUCACUGAUGGUAUCAAGUUGGGAGGAGCAGCCAUAGUGAGCUUGGCUGGCGUAGCCACUGCUUUAUAUGUGGCUCACAAAGUGGCUCAAAGAAGGCGUCAUGAUCAGUAAGCAAUGCCUGCACCAAGAAGCAAAGAGGGCUUUUGGUGGAUGCUGAACCAGAGGCUCCUGCUGGCAGAAUCACUGCCACCACUGUUCCUUGACACUCCAUAAUCUUGCUUUGCAACCUUUUAGCUGGUAGCUUCUUGCAUGAACAGGGCAAAAUAUCAAGUCCUAUUAUCUCACCCUUCUUUCUGCAAGAAUCAUUUUACGUGUUCACUGAACUCUGGCUCAUGUCCCACACAUUUCAGGGGAUUGGUCUCAUGUGGCUGUUUGUUUAGAGAUAUUUGCUCUCUUUCCUCCAGCCCGUAGGUUAUACUGCUCUGUUCUCUCCUCUCUUGUCAUAAGGUCUGUUUUCUCUUUCAGCUUUUCUCCUGAAUUCUAACCCUUUCUUUGAUUCCGAUGCUUUCUUUUCUUUCCCCCUCUGAUUUAAGGAGGUCUCACCUCACCAGAAACCCUGGUAGAAUACAAUCUUCAACCCACAUAGAUCAAACCCCUCCUAUAUGUUCUUCCCCAGAAGUUGUGUGGCCGUUUCCACACAACUUACCGGCCACCGGAGCAUUGCACUAAACACGCAGAAGAUAGCAUCUUCUCUAUCAUCCGAGAGUUUUGCACGACUCGAUUUCAUGAGAGAAGACACUAUCUUCCGUGUGUUUUGCGCAAUACUCCGGAGGCCGGUAAGUCAUGCGGAAACGGCCGAUUCUUGAUGGAUAAGUGGAAAUCUCUGGAUAUUUCGACUGAAGUUUAAAAAUCACACGUGGGAAAGCUUUUUCACAAACAUCACCUGAUAAUGAGCAGAGCCACAAUUUAGGCUGAUCAUGUCAAGUCUGAGCUGCUGCAAUUGGCAAGGGCUGCUGAGAAAUUUUGUGGCAUGAUUUACCUUUUCUGCUGUGCUGUAAAUUGAUAAAAUUAAUGGUGGAAAUACUGGAAAAAAUCAUUAAAUAUAUAUACUGUUA